CACUGAGGUAAUUAGAUGGAGAUUUCCUUUCUUUAUCCAAGUUAGCAAUUAAACAGAUGAGCAAUCCCUUGUCAGCCCUGCUCGCGGACCAAGGCUUCGUUUUAUUGGACGGUGCUCAGGGCACCGAAUUGGAGAGGAGAGGAGUGUACUUUGGCGCCUCUAAGCUCUGGAGCGCGCAGCUAUUAAUCGACAAUCCAGACCUGUUGCGCGAAGUCCAUCUGGACUACCUGCGCGCUGGUUCAGAUGUCAUCACCACCUUCACCUACCAAGCCAGCAUCCAAGGCUUCGCACAGGAUGGCGUGGCAGGGCCCCGAGCGGCCCAGCUGCUCAACCUGGCAGUGGACCUGGCGGAGGCAGCUCGGGCGCAGUACCUAGCGGAGUCGCUUCGAGACAGCGGCGGCGGCGACUGUGGAAAGCAUGUCGAUAGAGACAGCGGCUUUGGUGGUCGCGGCAGCGGUGGUGGUGGUGGUGCUGAUAAGGGCUCCGAAGCGGAGGAAAACAAGCAACAACAGCCAGAGGACGUGGUUGGAAGCAGUUGCAGCAGCAGUAGUGGCCGCCGCAGCGGCAGAGGCGGCAGGCGACGGCCGUUGGUGGCUUACUCAUGCGGGUCGUACGGCGGUUAUCUAGCAGAUGGAUCCGAGUUUCGGGGCGAUUACGCGGAUUCCGUGUCGUACCAAGAUCUAGCCGACUUCCACCGGGCUCGGAUUGAGCCGGUGCGGCAUCGCCCGGAGAUUGACUUGCUGGCGUUUGAGACGAUACCCUGCUUGAAGGAGGCGGAGGCGAUUGUACGGCUGCUGCGAGAGGAGCGGUACGGCAAACCGGCAUGGAUCAGUUUCAGUUGCAAAGAUGCCGUACACACGUGUCAUGGGGAGCGUUUUGCGGAGGAGUGCAUGCCGCUGCUGGCGGCGGCGGCGGCGGAGGGGCUGCUGGCGGCGGCGGGAGUGAACUGUACGGCACCUCGCCACGUGGCGCCGCUGCUGACGGCGGCGCGGAGGCGGUUAGCGAGCCUUCAACCGUCAUCGCCGCCUCCGUCAGGUGGCCUCCAACCACCACAACCGUCACCCGCACCGCUGCUGCUUUUGUGUUACCCGAACAGCGGGGAGGAUUGGGACGGAGAGCACCGCUGCUGGCGGCAUCUGGCAGAUGACCUGGCGGCGCCCAGUCGGUUUGCGGCGGCGGGUGCGGGUUGGGUGCGAGGGGAGACGCGGGUGGCGCUGUUGGGGGGGUGCUGUCGUACGGGUGCCGAGCACAUCCGAGCACUGAGGUGUGCGUUGUUGGAGCGGAAGGAGGAGGAGGAGGUGAAGGAAGGGGGGUUGCAUGGCUGUUGACAUGCAGAGUAAUGGUGGUUGUGGUUAGGUUGCUGGUUGUAGUGUUGUCGCUGUUGUGCGUUCCGUUGUUUGGUUUGGUUGCUAGCUGAGAGGCAUGCUGCGCGGCUGGGUUUUAGUUGAUGUGGUGUGAUGGGUGGCCGAGGUAUAUGGAAUCAAGAAGAUGACACUCAUGAGCAGAUUGACGGAGCCUCAUCAUCAGGGUUGGCUGGGGAACUACCUGGGAGGUCGUACAAAGGAUGGAUGGAUGGACGACGUACAAGGUGCCGCAGCUAGGCGCGGCACUCCACACAGAAACGAGUCAGCCAUUCCCUCGACAACCCCCAUGAAAGAGGUUGUUUGCAAAGAGCACCCUCAGGCCCCAGACGCUGAUGUCGCAGGUGCACAGUGCGUGUGGGACAGACCCCAACAUGCAGGCGGGCAGAACCUGCCAGCCACCGCCAACUGCCAUGCAUGCAUCGUGAACCCCACAUACCGUACAUCAAUUCCAUCCCCCAACUCCGCAGCAGCCACGACGCUGCGAGUUGCUUGCCAUGUGGUAUCUGUACAAGCCUAUACCUCAAACGCGCGCUUCAGACUUUAAU